AUGUGUGAAUGGCUUAAAGCAAACAAGCCUCCCCUUGGUGGAGCUUGGUGUGUCUUGUCUUUCAACGUGCCGACGGAGAGCACACGGCAUGUUUUGCAUGAGAAGAGGUCUACAACGCCUCGCCGCUGGCAACGGGGCGAGAGGGUGCAUCCUGAUGCGAUUCUGCCGGUGAAGAUUGGGUUGACGCAGAGGAAUUUGGAGGAUGGGUAUGGGUUGCUUAUGCAAGUCAGUCAUCCGGCGUCGGAGAGGUAUGGGAGGCAUUGGAGUGCGGAAGAGGUGCAUGAUUUUUUUGCUCCUGCUGAGGAGGCUGCUGAAGAUGUCAAGGCCUGGUUGAUGAGUUCUGGUAUCGAUCCCUCUGGCAUUUUGCACUACGAGAACAAGGGCUGGCUCGCGUUGAACGUAUCUGCUGCCAAAGCGGAGCAGAUGUUCAAGACGGAGUACUUCGAGUACGAGAAGAAAGGCAGCCAAAGCGAAAGCGUCAAGGUUGGCUGUGACGACUACCAUCUCCCCGAGCACAUCGCCAAGCACAUCGACUACAUCACGCCAGGGAUUGCACUCUCAUCGAACAUGAUCAAGUCGCGAGUCAAGAGGGAUUGGCCACAUCAUCGAGGGCCCGACUUUCGACCCCCUGGGCCUCACAAGUGGCAGCCUCCUCAUCAGCCAUGGCAUUUGCCACCUGGUGCUGGCGAUUUGCCUUCGGAACUACAGGGCUGUUCUGCGAAUGUGACGCCGACGUGUUUGAGGGCGCUCUAUGGCAUUCCCGAGGCCACGAAAAGCGACAACGUCAACAGCCUAGGCCUCUACGAGAGCGGCGACACCUACUCCCAGGAAGACCUCAAUCUCUUCUUCCAACACUACGCCUCAAACGUCCCACAAGGCACACAUCCAAUUCUGAACUCAGUCGACGGCGGCCAAGCCCCCGUGGCCCCUGGCAGCGAAUACAACACCGGCGAGUCAGACAUCGACAUGGACAUCGCUUUCUCUCUGGUCUAUCCUCAGACCGUCACGCUGUACCAAGUCGACGACCAGAACAAUGGCCUUGUGGAUGGCUUUAAUAACUUCCUCGAUGCAUUGGAUGGGUCGUAUUGCUCGUACACCGCUUAUGGAAUCACUGGAAACACUUCACCUUAUGAUAGUGUGUAUCCCGACCCUGCACCAGGAGGGUAUAAGGGACCGGUUAUGUGUGGGACGUACAAACCAACACGGGUUAUAAGUGUCAGCUAUGGCGAAGCCGAGUAUGAUUUCCCUUGGAACUACACUAGACGGCAGUGCAAUGAGUAUAUGAAGCUUGGACUGCAGGGCGUCACCAUCAUGUACGCCUCUGGCGACUACGGCGUCGGUAGCUUCCCAGGAGACGACAGUGAUUCUGGAUGCCUCGGAGACGCCCAGAACGUCUUCAACCCUCAAUACCCGACAUGCCCAUAUGUGCUGUCAGUCGGGGCUACGAGACUCUACCCGAACCAGACCGUGAGAGAUAGGGAGUCCGCCAUGCAAGCCUACGAGAUCUCAUCCACCUUCAACAGUGCAGGAGGCUUCUCAAACUACUUCCCCGUCCCCUCCUACCAAAAAUCCGCCAUAUCGACCUACUUCUCCGCCCACGACCCCGGUCUCCCCUCCUACACCUCCGGCCCUCAAGGACAGAACAUCGGCGCCAACGGCGGCGUGUACAACCGUGCCGGCCGCGGUCUGCCAGACGUGUCCGCGAACGGAGCACGCUUCGUGGCGUACAACAACUUGACGCUGGGGCAUUGGUUUGGCACGUCUCUGGCGUCGCCGGAGUGGGCGAGUGUGAUUACGCUGAUCAACCAGGAGCGGACGGCGGCUGGGAAGGGGAGCGUGGGGUUUGUUAAUCCGACGUUAUAUGAGAAUACAUGGGCUUUGAACGAUGUCGUCAAUGGAUCUAAUCCUAAUUGUGGGAGUACCGGGUUCCAGGCUGUGCCUGGUUGGGAUCCGGUUACUGGACUGGGGACGCCGAGUUAUCCGAAGUUGUUGCAGGUGUUUUCGCGACUGCCGUGA